UUCUCUAUACGCUCUGCAAUAACUCCUCUCCCUCCCCCCAUCUUCUCCACCUGUUCCUCCUCCCUCCCCCUUCUCUCUCUCUCUCUCUCCUUUUUUCUCUUCCGUUUACUUUCUCUCUCAUCACCACCACCCCUCAACAAAAGUAUUCUCCUUAAAUUCUCUUCACAAGAAAAGUCCCAAUCAUAACCACCGCCUGUAGAAAAACCUCUCUAACCAACCAGAACCUUACUCCUCAACCUUUCAAAACUGGUUUUCCGCCGGACCCUAUCGAUUGCAAAUCGGAUCCGGGUCUUCUCUGAGGUGGUUUAACCCUAAAACUUUUGAAAUAGGGUUGGUCUUUACUUCUGCUCAAGCUCCAACCUUCCAACUUCCUACCCAAAUUGGGAGAAGCAUAGACUGGGAACUCUGAGGAUCUUGUGAAGAUGUUUCAACCAAACAUGUUUGAUGGUCACCAUUUGCUAGAUAUGAUAAACAAAACCCCGGAAAGCGAGAUGGAGAUGUUGAGAGACGAAGAGUUUGAGAGCAAAUCAGGCACUGAUAUCAUGGAAGCCCCCUUAUCCGGUGAUGAUGAUCAAGAUCAAGACCACGAUCCCAACAAACGCCCCAAAAAGAAGCGGUACCACCGCCACACGCAGCACCAGAUCCAGGAAAUGGAAGCUUUCUUCAAAGAGUGUCCUCAUCCGGACGAUAAGCAAAGGAAAGAUCUAGGCCGUCGGUUGUCGUUAGAGCCUUUGCAAGUUAAGUUUUGGUUCCAAAACAAGCGCACACAAAUGAAGGCAAAACAUGAGAGGCAUGAGAACACAGCGCUGAGGAAUGAGAAUGACAAGCUAAGGGCAGAGAACAUAAGGUACAAAGAAGCCCUAAGCAAUGCUUCUUGUCCCAACUGCGGGGGCCCGGCUUCCAUUGGUGAGAUGUCCUUCGAUGAGCAGCAUUUGAGGAUUGAAAAUGCUCGUCUUCGAGAAGAGAUUGAUAGGAUAUCUGGAAUUGCUGCAAAGUAUGUUGGGAAGCCAAUGCUUUCAUACCCUCAAGGGCCACCACGUUCAAUCGACAUUGAGCCAGGCAAUUUCGGGCUUACUUCCAGCCUGGUAUCGGACUUGUAUGGUGCCGGCGAUCUUCUCAGAUCAGUUUCGGGCCCAACUGAUGCCGACAAGCCCAUGAUCAUUGAGCUCGCGGUUGCAGCAAUGGAAGAACUCAUCAGAAUGGCCCAAGCUGGGGAGCCCUUGUGGAUCCCAAGCCCAGAUAACUCAGCUGAGAUUCUGAGUGAAGAAGAGUACUUUCGGACCUUCCCUCGUGGAAUUGGCCCAAAGCCGUUGGGCCUGAAAUCGGAGGCUUCCCGUGAAUCCGCGGUGGUUAUCAUGAACCACAUUAACCUUGUGGAGAUUCUUAUGGAUGUGACUCAGUGGACAAAUGUGUUUUCCGGCCUUGUUUCAAGAGCAAUGACCUUAGAAGUCCUUUCAACAGGAGUGGCAGGGAAUUACAAUGGAGCUCUGCAAGUGAUGACAGCAGAGUACCAAGUCCCUUCCCCACUUGUUCCAACAAGAGAAAACUACUUUGUAAGGUAUUGCAAACAGCAUGCUGAUGGAACCUGGGCAGUGGUUGAUGUUUCUUUGGACAAUCUGAGGCCCAGUGCAAUGUCCCGGUGCCGAAGGCGGCCGUCAGGUUGUCUAAUUCAAGAAGUACCAAAUGGUUACUCAAAGGUCACAUGGGUGGAACACGUCGAAGUCGACGAUAGAGCGGUUCACAGCAUAUACAGGCCGCUAGUAAAUGCGGGUCUAGCAUUCGGGGCAAAACGGUGGGUGGCCACUCUGGACCGACAGUGUGAACGUCUCGCGAGUGCAAUGGCUAAUAACAUACCGUCAGGAGACAUUGGAGUGAUAACAAGUCCAGAAGGGAGAAAGAGUAUGUUGAAGCUGGCUGAGAGAAUGGCUAUGAGCUUUUGCACUGGUGUUGGAGCUUCUACGGCACAUGCGUGGACGACUCUAUCUGGAAGUGGAGCCGAUGAUGUGCGGGUCAUGACCAGAAAGAGUAUGGAUGACCCCGGCAGGCCUCCAGGAAUCGUGCUAAGCGCUGCAACCUCGUUUUGGCUCCCAGUUUCACCAAAGAGAGUGUUUGAUUUUCUUCGGGAUGAGAAUUCAAGAAGUGAGUGGGAUAUCCUCUCAAAUGGUGGCCUAGUACAAGAAAUGGCACACAUUGCUAAUGGCCCUGAUCCUGGCAACUCAGUAUCGCUACUGCGUGUGAAUAGUGCAAACUCAAGCCAGAGCAACAUGCUGAUUCUACAAGAGAGUUGCACAGACUCCACCGGCUCUUAUGUAAUUUAUGCUCCUGUUGAUAUUGUUGCCAUGAAUGUGGUGUUAAGUGGUGGAGACCCAGACUACGUGGCCCUGUUGCCAUCUGGUUUCGCAAUACUUCCUGACGGGCCGACAAAUCAUGGAGUAGUAGUUCCAGAAGUCGGAUCUGGUGGAUCGCUACUCACUGUUGCUUUUCAGAUCUUAGUUGAUUCAGUUCCAACAGCAAAGCUCUCUCUUGGAUCAGUGGCAACGGUUAACAGUCUAAUCAAAUGCACGGUUGAACGGAUUAAAAGUGCUGUAGGCGGUGAGAAUGUUUGACGAUAAGGUCUUAUAAAGUUAAAUCCAAGUGAAGAAGACGGAAAACACAAGGAGGUGUUACUAUGGAUCGCUAAACAAAGAAAGUCAAGAACGCACCUUAAUGAUCCUUGCCUUGUGGUGUUUGUCGCAAAAAGAGAGCAUUUCACCACUCUGCGAGGGUAACAGGUUCGGGAAUUGACUUUUGCUGUCAGUGAUAACAAGUUAACAAAGACCUUCUCGUAUAACUUAGAACUCCCAACCUUUCUUCUUCUUCUUUUUCCAGGAUAUGUAUGUGUUUUAGAGUAGUCGAAUUGUUUGUGGUAGCUAAUUAGUCUAAUUAACGAACAAAGCUGGUUUCUUUAUUUUUCAAUUCGUAGUAGCUUUGUUAAUUCUUA